GCGCGGCGCGGGGGGCGGCGCGGCGCUGCCUUGCGCUGCGUUGCUUCGCUUUGCUCCGCUUUGCUCCGCUCCCGGGGCUGCCCCGCAUGCAGCCCGCGCCGCGGCCGCCGCCAUGGAGGAGGAGCAGACGUGCUGCGUGGUCAGCAUCUCUGGCUCCCCCGGUUCGCCCCAGCCGGGCGCUGGCCCCUGCAGCUGCAGCGGGGUGGUGCUGAGCCGCGGCCCCGGGCUGGUGCUGUGCCACGGCGCCCGCUUUGCGGCCUUCCUGCGGGAUGGCCCUGCCGCCUGGGCGCAGCCCCGUGCCCUGCUGCCCGAUGCCUUGCAGCCCUCCCUGCGCCUCCAUGUCCUGCACCCCUCAGCGGGGACCCGCGUCCCAGCCCUCAGCCGUGACGCUCCAGCAGCAUCGCGCAGCCCAGCCGGUGCCUUGCAGCAGCACGAAGCCCAGCUCCUGGCCCUGGUGCCCUGCAGAACCUUCCAGAAGGCGCUGGCGCAGGCGUUCGGGCAGGCGGAGCAAUGGCGCUUUGGCGGGGAGGCAGCGGGGGCCGACCCGCGGGCCCUGCACUGGUUCGCCUGGCUGCGGGUGCCCGGCCUGGACACCCCUGCGGGCGGCUGGACGGCGCGGGCGAGCGCCGGGUGCCUGCGCAAGGGCCAGGCGCUGCGGGCCUGCGGCUCCCCCUUCGGCGCCCUCUGCCCCGACCUCUUCCUCAACACCCUGAGCAAAGGGGUGGUCAGCAACAUGGCUGGCGAGGAGAACGCCCUGCUCCUCACCGACGCGCGCUGCCUGCCCGGCACCGAGGGCGGCGGUGCCUUCUUGCCGUCUGCCACCGGCUCCCGCUUGGUGGCCGUCAUUGCCGCCUCCUUCUGCUGGAAAGGCGCCGAGUGGGUCGGGCUCACCCUGCUCUGCUCCCUCGCUGCCAUCCUGCGCAGCAGCGCCGGUGUCCUGGACGCCGCCGGGGUGGCGGUGCCACCAGUGCCGGGGCGGGUGGCCGCGGUGCAGGCAGCAGGAGAGCAGGACCCCCUGGGCUGGGUGGCGCUGGUGGAGUGUGGGGGGACGUGGGGGUCGGGGGUGCUGCUGUCUCCCCGCCUGCUCCUCACCUGCCGGCAUGUGGUGGAGGCCGGUGACCCGCUCUGCGUGACACCAGCGCCUGGUCCCAGCCGGGCCGCCACUGUCCUCAGCGGGCGCCUGGUGUUUGCCACCGAGGAGUCUUCUCCCUUCGACGUGGCCGUGGUGGAGCUGCAGGACAGCGUGCCGGGCUUUGUCCCCCCGCGCCCAGCACACACCUUCCUCCCAGGCGAGGAGGUGAGCGUGAUGGGCUUCGGGGCGCUGGGGCGGGCCUGCGGCCCCUCGGUGACAGCGGGGGUCCUCUCGGCUGUGGUGACGGUGGCCGGGCGCCCUGUCAUGCUGCAGACCACCUGCGCCGUCCAUGGGGGCUCCAGCGGCAGCCCCCUCGUCUCCUCCCGCAGCGGACGCCUCCUGGGGAUCGUGGCCAGCAACACCCGGGACACCAGCGCGGGGACCACCUACCCGCACCUCAACUUCUGCAUCCCCAUCACCAUCCUGCAGCCCCUCGUCGCGCGCUACCGAUGCACCAGGGACCCCAACGCCUUCGCCGAGCUCAACCGGGCGGGUGAGGGCGUGCGGGCGGCUUGGUGGCUCCAGCGGCAGCCGGGACCCCCCAGCAAGCUCUGACGCCCCCAUCUCGGGGGUUUGUGCCGGGGCAGAGCUGCCACGGCCCCUCUUUGGCCCCAGUGGUGUCGCGGCCGAGUGCCUGGCCCCCGUGGGGCUGGCGGAGCGUGGGUGUCCUGGGGUGGGGGACACGCCGUGGUGCUUUUGCCGGCUGCUGCCGACACCAAAUUGGGGGAGAGCUGGGGGCUUGUUUUAUGUCUUCUUUUCCCUGGAGCCAUAAACACUGUGAGCUGAGGCGCUGGUGUUCUGCGAUACCGCGCGGCUGGGCGGCCGGGGUCUGCGUGGGGGUGUUGUUGGAUUGGGGGGCUUCCUAUAAGGGAUGCUUUGGGUCAGGGUCUUGGUUGGGGGAGCGGAGAGAGGGUUAGUUUGGGGCUGGGGACACAUUUCGGGGGGACCCUAUGGAGGGAGGCCAGAUCCAACUCUGUGUCAGCUGAGUGUGGGACCAAACCCUCCCAGCCCUCCCUAUCCGGGGGAUGGCAGCCCCUGCCCCGCUAAAAGAGGGGAGCAGCCCCCCCAGCACCCUGUGCAGGGCUGGCAGGUGCUGCUGGGGUAUGAGGGUUUGUUUUUGCAGGGGGGAGCAACGGGCGUGCGAGUGUUUGACACAGCACAGGGUAUUUAUUUCACAGCCGCUACACAACACCGGGGGCCGGGGCAGCCGCGCAAGCACAGCACGGGGAGCAUUGCGGGGGGCGGGGGGGCAGCUUCUCUAUGGGGUUUUCUUUGUUUUUAAUGUUUUUCCCACUUUUAUUAGCUCCGCGUGCCCGGUUGAAGACCACGCCGCAGCACACUAGGCCUACGGGGCUCUACCCCAAAACAACAAAAGAAAGCUCAAAUUCGCACAAGUGUGGGCCCCCCACCCUGCUCACCCCUCCUCGGGCGAGCCCCCCGACACCCCGUCCCACACGGGGCCGGGAUGGGGGACACACACCCACCCCAUGCCCCUCCGGCAGUGGGGGGGUCACAGGGACCCCCGGUUGGGGGGCUGCCACCCGGCCGUGCCGCUCGCCGGGCUUUCCUGCUCCUCUACCAGAUGUAGCCGCCGUCGUCGCCCUCGCCUGCUUCACCCUCCUCUUCCUCGCCUUCCUCGCCCGCCUCUUCUGGCUCCUUCUCCUCCUCGUCCUCCCAGCCCACGCUGCUCCCAAAGUCGCCCGAAAACCCUGCCGCCUCCUCUGCGGGAGCGAGGGGCAGGGGCUCAGGCCCCGUUCCCGGCGCUGCAGCCCUCUCCCCGGGCGGGGGACGCCCCCCGGCUGCCCGCCGGCGCUCACCGCAGUCGGGGCUGCCGUGGCCGCGGGUGCCCGUCAGCUCGGCCCCGUGCUGGUCCACGCACCAGCACUCCCCGCCGCCUGGCUCGCACUGCGCCCGCCGGUAGUACCCGUCCUCAUCGCAGCUGGGGAUGAAGGUGCCUGCAGGGAAGCGAUGACCCCCCCCCCCCAAAACACGUGCAGCGCAAGAAGAGCCCCCCACAGAGCUCCCUGUCCCUCCCCUGCCCGACCGGGGAACAGGGGCCCCGGAGCCCCAACUCACCCGGCUUCAUUUUGGCUGCUUCUUGGAUCUGAAUCUUCUCCAGCUCCCUGAGGCAGGGCGGCUCUGCAGCACCCCCACACGCCGCUCUUAGGGUGCGCGUGCAGCCCCCCCGCAAAACAUGGUGUGCAACCCCCAGACCCUGCAUCACGCAUCCCCAUGACCCCAGAGCCUACACACCCCCUGCCCGCCCAGUGUGCAGCCCCCCGGCCCCACAGCGUGCAUCCCCCCCAAUCCCGUGGCAUGCGUCCCCACAACCCUGCUGUGUGCAUCCCCCCGACCCCACAGCCUACGCUCCCAUUCCCACAGCAAACCCCCCACCCCACCCAUGCACCCCCUGCCCCGGCAUGACGCACUUUCCCUCCAGAAGCAGAAGCACCACUCGGGCGCGGAGACGCGGCCGUCCCUGGAGGUGUCGCAGGAGUUGAAGAAGGAGCGGAUGCAAACUUCGUACUUAUCCAGGUUGAUGGCGGCCAGCUCGGCCGCCUCCAGGAACAGAUCCCCGCUGGUGUCCAGCCGGGCGAACAUCCACCCCACUGCCUCCUUGCAGCUGGCCGCCACGCUCCUCUCCAGCGCUGCGGGGCAGGAUGUGACCCGUGGCUUCCUGGCUCCCCCGGGAACAGCCCCCCGUGUCCCCUCCCCGCAUAGCAGGGGGCUCUUACCGGUGGCAGGGCUGGCGGGGAGGCCGCCGGAGCCGUUCUGCUUGGCAUUCUCCCGCAGGAGCUGGAACCAGUCGCGCAGGCGGUCACCCAGGUCGGCCAGGUCCUGCCCGGUGCACGGCUCUGGGGGGAGUCCAAGGGGGUGGCGUCAGGCUGGGCAGGGCGCAGGGACACCCCCCUGGUGUCCCCUGUCCCACUCACCUUGCUUGCCAUCGCCGGUGGGAGCGUGCGGGGUUGGGCAGGGGCACUGCCCCUCGCACCGCACCGUCAGCUGCUUGCUGGCCAGGCACGCCUGCUGCUCCAGCUUGCACUGCGGGGCGGCAGCGGGACGUCAGCCAGAGAGGGGACACGGCACGGUGUCCCCCUCCCCGUGGCGAGCUGCCACCAUCCUUACCGCCGAGCUGUAAGUGUGGCCGUCAGAGCCGCAGACAGCGGCGAGCGGGGCGGCAUGGCAGGGCUUGCAGCCCCCGUGGCCCUUGGCGCCCGGCAGCUUGAUCCUGCGCGGGAUGAGAGGUGCGGGAGUGCAAUGCUGAGCCCCAUCUCCACUGCUCAGCCCCGUGUCCGCCACCCUCCUACCUGUGCUCCAGCUUCUUGCGGCUGAUGCACAUGGCGCGCUGGUAGCCCUGCGCCACACACACCUUGUGCCGGCUGCACUUCACCUUCUGGCAGGGGUCCUUGGUGGUGUCCAGGGCUGGGGGGGCAGAGAGGGGAUGGGGCAGGUGGGGGUGCAGGGGAGACCCCCCCCAGGGGAGCCCCGGCAGCGCUGGCCGCGGGCCGGCCCAACACAAAGCACCAUUGAGGCUGCAGCUGGGCAGCCGCCACGGCACCAGCUGCCGCUUCCCAGCACACACCGGCCCCGGCACCGCUCCCGCCGGAAGGAAAUAACCCAAGGGGGGAGCAGGCAGAAAGUGUCCCCCCCACAGCACACUUUGAGAGUCUCUCAAAUUAUGAACGUUUGUUCUGCCUCUGCUUGAUCACUGUGUUUUGCUCGCAGGCGCCAAUGACAGAUGAAACAAUAUCCAACGUGCCAAUCCUUAUUUUGGGUAACAAAAUCGACAGGCCCGAGGCCAUCAGCGAGGAGAAGCUGCGGGAGAUCUUUGGGCUUUACGGACAGACCACAGGAAAGGUAGGGAGGCAUCCAAACCGUGGGGCGUCCACCGGCAAGGGAGGGCUCGUGGGGUUUGUUGCUCCACCCAGAAACUAACUGAGGUUGUUACUGUGAGUUUGUCCACAAUACUGAUGAAGCUGAGUCUUUAAUCAUAACAAUAACGCCCAUGGGCAAGUGUUAAAACUUCCAGAAUUGUGCAAAGUAUGGUACCUCUAUAACGAUGAGGGCAUGAGGUGUCAAGCUGGUGUUUUAACAUCGUCGUGCUCUUCUGGCUUCAUUACUCUGCAUUUCCAUGUUUUCACGGUUUAAAAACACGACAUUUAGAGAGAACUGAUCAGCAGCGCUGGGUGAGGGUAGUAUAACAGCCCGAGGCUGCUCUUGGCACUGUCUUAUCUGCACCGUGACGAUUGCUUUCUGCCUCGGAAAUGGUUUGGUUUGGUGUUUCUAACUGCUGGCUCCGAAAGUCCCACGGGAGCGGGAUUUCCCGCUUCCCCGAGGGCGGCAGGGCUGCGGUUCUGACCCCUUUUUUGGAUUUCCGCAGGGAAACGUGCCACUGAAAGACCUGAACGCGCGUCCCAUGGAGGUGUUCAUGUGCAGCGUGCUCAAGAGGCAAGGCUACGGCGAAGGCUUCCGCUGGCUAUCGCAGUACAUUGGCUGAUAACUCGGGACAGACACGCGAGUGUGGCUCCUCUGGACUGAUCCUCUUCACACGGACUUUUCUAUUCGAACGCGGAAGGUUUUCCAACCGCGUCACCGGCUUUGACCAAGAGACUCCUGGUUUUCGGCUGCCCUGUGGCACAGUGGUGACACACGACUCUUUUCCACGCGAUGGGGAGACAGCACCGUCCUGCACAGGGGUGCACGUUGUCCCUUUCAGUUCGGUUACAGCGGGGCUGGUGUGAUCCGGGAAGGAAAACUCUGCACGCUGCACUGUAACGGCUGAAAAAGAGAGCACGUCUCACCACUGUGGUUAAUUGACUUAAGAAAAAACAAUUAUAUUUUUUAAAGAAAGUGUUAAUGUAAACAGCGUCCCUUCUAACUUUUUAGUUUAACGUUCAUCUUGUUUAGUCCGGAGUCUGGUUAGGGUUUUUUUAAAAAAAAAACUAUAUUUAACGGUAUUUAGAUAUUUCACCAAUUACUGAACCAAGGUAUCACGGUAUUAGAAGUCCUCAAUAAACAUAGCGUUUGGGCUUAACUGAGCUGGAGGGUGGCUGUGCUGUGUCACGCUGAGCGACGACCAAGAGGGUGCCCGUGGGACUGACGUGCGCAAUCCGAGCUGCUUUGGUUUACGGGGAUUUGUUGUAGCUGGAGAAAAGCAGCCGCCAGCACGCCCGGGGUAGCGGUUUGGACGCGGUUCCCCUGCAGCCGGGCCAAGGGCCUCGAAUCCUCCCGCUGUGCCCGUCACAGCGAGAACCACGGAGCUGUUUGGUGGUAGUAGCAUGGAAGCGUUUGACAUUGGCGUAUCAUGAGGUUAUUAAUGUAGACUAAACCAGUUUCUUUUAUACUCGGCGGACUUUGCUGUCUGAAGUUCCAUUACUGUCUAGCGCUCGUUUUCAGUUAAAUAAAGACAUUUUUCUCCUCUGAA